UAGGCGUCCCUGUGCCCGCCUGCCAAAAACGUCUGCAUCUCCUGGACCCCCUCGAGGCAGAGGACAGCCAAAUGUCACUUGGACCCUCUACAGAGUGGAGAGAGGAGGACAGGAGGAGUAUCUAGUAUCAGCUCGUCGUGUUGAUAAGUAAACACCCCAAACACGAAGCUAUGGAGGAGCGGAAGCUAAAGAGGAAGAGCCCCAGGUCAUCCAGCAACACAGCGGCUCCCACUGGAGGCUCUGGCCGGAAAACAAGCACUUCCUCCGGGGGAAGGCACGUCGGCUACAGCCACAACAUGGGGACUCACUCCAGCCAGAAGAGCAAGAGUAGGAGGGGAGUCAGAGACAAAGCCAGGAGUAACCAGAGCACGGCUGCUAAAGCAAAUCCAAGUCAGAACCAGAGCCAGGCUGCUCCCAUCAUCCAGCACUCCUUCCUGACUGAUGUGUCAGAUGUGCAGGAGAUGGAGAACGGUCUGCUGAGUCUGCUCAAUGACUUCCACUCAGGGAAACUUCAAGCAUUUGGCAAUGAGUGCUCCAUCGGCCAGAUGGAGCAUGUGAGAGAGAUGCAGGAGAAGCUGGCCCGUUUGCACUUUGACCUCUACGGUGAGGUGGAUGAAAUGCCCGAGGAUCAGAGGAAGACGGCAUGUGACACCCACAUGGAUAUAUUACUUCUUAACCUGGAGGAGCUGAGUUCAUCUAUCCAGAAGCUCAACCUCGCCGACUCCCAGGACAUCCCGAGGACAGCCAGCAUGUGAACUCCUCUCCUCUUCUCCACCCUCAUCUCACCUGAAUGUUUUUCUUUAGAGGAGCUGCGAUGAAUAAGGUGGAGUCAAAUCAAUCUGAAGUGUUGUAGCAGUAAUGGCUGCAAAGGUGUUCACCAGCGUUCCCUGUGCACACACACAGGGGGAGGGAUGUACUGAAAUGCACUGACAGCAUUAUUAUGAACCGAUGAGGAGUGUUACAAUCAACGGUUACUUUUAGUAGAAUUAGUUUUAAUGAUCCUUGUAUUUAUAUCAGAGUUCUAUAAAGAGGCUGAUUCAGAUCUGAUAUAGAGAGCAGUAUACCUUGAGGUAUUAGUGUCACUGUCAUGGCCUGUUAAAGCAAGUUUAAGUCAAUCACUAACCUCCAAAAAAGGCUUAGAUCUGCAGCUAACCAAAGUGAUUAAUGUGUAUUUAUAAGCUCAUUCUGUUGCACUUUGCUGUAAAUACUAUCACCGGUCGAUCAAUGUCUGUAACACACAAACUAAAGACUGAGCUAGGAUGAUCAAAACAUAGACACAGAAAUAUUUAGCUUCGGUCUCCUCUGUGAGACACUAAAAAGUGUAAAUACAUGAUUACAUUUUUAUAGAAAUCGGCCAAAACGUAACAUUUAAAGCACAUUAGACUCUGCGCCGUGUGACCCCAGUUAAUGUUCGGUGUCAUGAGGCCUGAUAUCUCCUCCACUCUUCACUCAGCGUUGAAUCUUUUUGCACAUUUUCAUGCACCAUGCGCCGCACGAUAUCACCGCUGUGUUGUUUCACGCUGGAGAAGAAGAAGAAUCAAACUGUUGACAUCACAGCCAUGCCUUAAUUUUAUGAUUUAAUCAUUUUGCCUUAUCUGUUUGAAACUUUUAAACAUUAUCAUGUUGAUUUUAAGGGUUGGGAUUGUGUGUUUUAAAGAUGAUAUAUAAUCAUUUGAUGAUGCUGCUUCAGGUGGAAAUCCUACUGUGUUUUAUCACUUCUUAUUUUAACUCUGUGGGGAUUUAAAGUGUUUUAGCUGUAUGGUGUUUGAAUGAAUAAAUGUGUUGUCUGAAUUUCUUGAAACAUGUAUUUUUUCUGUAAAUAAAGAGGGAAUUUCCUCUAAAA